AUGUUCGACUUUUUGAGCGCGCCAAUCAUCACAUCUUCGCUGAGUGUUUUGAUGGGCUCUAUAGUCCUCUAUUACCUCCAUACAAAGAUCGCAGAACGAGUUCUAAACAACUUCCAAGCCAGCGAUACAUGGGUCCCAGAGAAUGAGCUAGUCCUCUUAAGCGGGGGCAGUGGUGGCAUCGGCAAACAAAUAAUGGAAGAUCUUUCUCGCCAGAAAGUACGCGUUGUGAUCCUCGAUAUCAAUCGGCCUACCUUUGAGCUUCCAGAGAACGUCACAUUCUAUCAAACAGAUAUAACAUCGGCCAGGUCUCUUUCCGAAACGGGCACUGCUAUUCGAAAGUCACACGGAGAGCCAACUGUCAUUGUGAACAAUGCAGGCGUUUUCCACCAUGGCACCAUUCUCGGAAUGCCAGAGGAGAAACUGCGUCAGACGUUCGAUGUCAACAUCAUCGCCCAUUUUCUCAUCAUGAAAGAAUUCCUUCCAUUCAUGAUCCGUAUGAACCGUGGCCAUGUCAUUACAGUAGCGAGUAUGGCGAGCUUUGUCACUCCAGGCGAGAUGGUGGACUAUGCUUGCGCUAAAUCUGGCGCUCUUUCUUUCCAAGAGGGCCUUCGGCAAGAGUUGAAAUAUUGGUACAAGGCUCCGAAUGUGCGGACGAGUAUCAUUCACCCUCUUUGGGUCCAGACGCCCAUGAUCGAAGGCUUCACUAAAUAUCAAGCUGACUUCGGUCAACCACUCCUGGAUCCGAAGGACGUCUCCCAGGCAGUGGUGGAACAUAUUGUUACUCGGAAAAGUGGGCAAACCAUCGUUCCUCGGCAUUCCUCGGUGGCCGGCUCGCUCAGGGCCCUGCCACUAUGGCUACAAGAGGCAAUUCGGUCAUACUUCUCGAGUAUUAUCCUGCGAGUGGGUAUCAAGCGGGCUGCUGAUGAAAAUUCUGGCGCGCGUGUUCCUUAA